UUUUGCCACUCAGUGGUUUUGCCACUGCGUGACCGCAGUCGUAACGGUCGACGGUGACGUCACAUGCAUACCCGUUACGUCAUGUUUAGGGGCGGGUAGAGAGGGAAAAAUUGACGAAAAGUUCUUUCUUUUUUCUUUGGUAUUGGAUUUCUUGACUCGCGAUCAUGUUGCAGUGCUUUGUUGGUAACCUUGGAUGUAAUUUUAAUGAAUAAAAGUAAAUUUAAAUAUUUUAAUAUGAAUAUAAAAUAUUUAAGAUACCCAAAGUACCUGUUGUUUAAUUUCCCCCAUCCAAUUUUAUUUUAAUAAAUAGAGAUUACUCAAGAAUCCUUUCACAUUUGAGCAAAUGCUCGGCCAAACUUGACAACUGAAGCGAAGAGAACUGUUUAUUAAAUAAUUACUAUAAUAAUAAUAAUAAUAAUAAAAAUAUAAUAAAAUAGUCGAAAUAUGUUUUGGGCUUUAAUCGUGCAGCAAACAUGAAGGGGCGGUUCAAGUUUUCCUUUGGGAUUUUUUUUUUUUUUCCCCCUUGGAUGAUCACAUGGUUUUAUUUGUGCUCUGUAUGUGUUUGGUGCUGUACAUCUUCUUCUGUUUUAACUGGGUGUGUGUGCAUGAACCAGUAGUAAGCUGGGAAAGUUUUCUCAUUACCUCAGGAUUCACAGAGCGGGAUCAUCGAGCAAGCGAGAGAGCAGAUGGACGGGCCAAUGCGUGUGUUGGUGACGGGCGGCAGCGGGCUGGUGGGGCGAGCGAUAGAGCGGGUGGUGAAAGAAGGCGAAGGUAGAGAAGGAGAAGAAUGGAUAUUCCUGUCAUCCAAAGAGGCCAAUCUUGUGAGCGCUGAAGAGACGAGAGCAGCCUUCCAGAAACAUCGUCCAACACACGUCAUUCAUUUGGCUGCCAUGGUAGGCGGGCUCUACAGAAACAUGAGACAGAACCUGGACUUCUGGAGAGAUAAUGUGCACAUCAAUGACAAUGUGCUGUACAUGUCUCAGGAGUUCGGGGUGGUGAAGGUCGUUUCCUGUCUGUCUACAUGCGUUUUUCCUGAUAAAACCACAUACCCUAUAGAUGAGACCAUGAUGCACAACGGUGCCCCACAUGAGUCUAAUUACGGUUAUGCCUACGCAAAACGCAUGAUUGAUAUCCACAACAGGGCGUGUUUUCAGCAAUACGGUCUGCGAUACACAGCUAUCAUCCCCACCAACAUUUUUGGACCCCAUGACAACUUCAACAUUGAGGACGGUCACGUGAUGCCGGGGUUGGUCCACAAGACUUACCUGGCAAAGAAGGAAGGUAAACCUCUGGAGGUCUGGGGUUCAGGUCGUGCCCUGCGGCAGUUCAUCUAUUCUGUGGAUCUGGCUCGUCUGUUUGUUUGGGCUUUGAGGGAGUAUGACGAGGUGGAGCCUAUCAUUGCGUCAGUCGGAGAGGAGGAAGAGCAGUCCAUAAAAGAUGCUGUGGAUGCUGUUGUUGAAGGGUUUGGGUUUAAAGGAGAAGUUAUUUAUGACACUAGUAGAUCAGACGGUCAGAUCAAGAAAACUGCCAGUAACGCCAAACUACGCAAAUAUCUGCCAGACUUCAAGUUCACACCAUUCAAAGAAGCCGUCAAGGAGACGUGUGAUUGGCUUGCGGCCAAUUAUGACAUCGCCCGUAAAUGAAGAUUUUCACAUCUCAUUGGCUGUGGGGAGCAUCUCAAUGUUGGAAACCAAUAAUUUGCAAAAGAAUGUAAUCAUUGAACACUACCAUCUUAGUGCUCUUUUCGUGUUUAUUUAAUGAAAAGAGCACUAAGAUGGCAGUGUUUGUGUUCUUUACGUAUUUAGGUUUUGUUUGGAUUUUUAUGUGUGGGCUCUGCUGUGUUUGGUGCUGUACAUUUUCUUCAGUUUUUUUUACUGGUCUGUCAGUCAGAGUGUGUUCUGGGUUUAUUGUCUAAUGAUCUGCACUGUAUAUUUCAAUAAUACACUCCUGUUUUAAA